CGUAACGGUUGCACAUAGACUUAAACGGAGUAGAUACUUAAACGGAGUAGGUAUUGUAGAUUGCGCCUAAACCCUAACCCUUUCUUCUUCAUAAAACCUUCGCGCCGUUCUUCUCUUGGAUUCCUCUCGCUUUCUCUCUCCUCAAGCUGCAAAUUCAGAAUGGAGUCUCAGAUCAAGCAUGCUGUAGUUAUUAAGUGCAUGGGCCGCACCGGAUCAAGGGGGCAAGUGACCCAAGUCAGAGUUAAGUUUUUGGAUGACCAAAACCGUUUCAUCAUGAGGAACGUCAAGGGACCCGUCAGAGAGGGAGACAUUCUUACCCUCCUCGAGUCUGAGAGAGAAGCUAGGAGACUUAGAUGAAGUACCCGCCUUGUUGCUGAAGGCUGCAGCUAUAUUUCUGUUUUGGCUUCGGUUAUGGUUUUUGCCUGAGUUAGAUUUUGUUAUUCUAAGUGUCAAUUAUUGGUUUGUCAAGACUUCUUUAUGGAUUGUCCUUUGAAGUAUGAUUUUGUGGUAUAAUACUGAGAUUUUGCAAGGAAACAUAUUAUUGUGGUUGUAGACAGUUAUCCUAUUGCUUUUAUCAUUGAUGUUUGUAUGCUCUUCAGCUCAAA